GAAUCACUACUCCCACUUCCCAAGGCCACCGACUUGCCUUUUCGCACGAACAUCGAUGCCGGUAACAAUUUUACCUAAUGAAAACGUAUGGCGGUGUUACACCAGGGAAAAGUCUGUCCCAUUUAUCUAUCGUUGCAUUUCAAGCUCCAGCACUUAGCUGACACAACUGUCCCUACGACCACGCCGAGUGGACGCCGGCGAGUUAAAUAAGAGCCAACCUUGACAGCAAUAGUGAAAAGCCCAAUUUUUUGUUUGGUGAACUUUUUACAUCAGGAGCUUAGUGACGGCUGCAUGCACUUGGUUUGCUCAUUUGAUGUUCUCUGUGUCCUGAUUGGCCAUUUAAAAACCGCUGUAGUUGAGUCUAACAAUUUAAGUGUAGCGUUAGUAAUAAUAAAUUACUAAUUGAGAUUAAUUGCAUACCCUAUUUGCAGGAUCACUAUCGCACAUUCACGAAUAGCGAGAAAAAUUUCCCGAACCCCAAAGAAAUCUUUGAUACUUUGCAUGAGCAGGGCUUCAAAUGCAGUAUCAACAUCACACCCAUAAUCAGCUGUAAUGUUGAUGAAAAUGGCAAGAACAGCCCGUACAAAGCCUUGGACACCGGCAAAGAAGACGGAAUCUUUAUAAUGAAUACCCGUGAAGAUGGCAGUGGCACCCAUGACCCAUACAUUGGAAACGUCAACUAUGGGGGUGGUCACCUUACAUGGGGACACUAUCCUGACCUGGGACGGAAGGACGUACAGAAGUGGUGGGGCGAGCAGUACCGUGACCUGUUGGAAUGGGGGUUGGAUUUUGUGUGGCAAGAUAUGACCACACCUGCGAUGAAGUCCAGCGUUCAUCAGCCAGACUGUCCAUUGUUAUCUUUUCCCAUGGAUUUAAUGCUUAGUCAUAACGAAGAAUCCAGGACUGAAAACGCUAGCGAUGCUGAAGACAAGGUACCAUUUGCAAAACUUCGCUGCUUGUAUAGUGACAACCUCUGUAAAGCCACCUACCAGGGACUGGAAAGUCUAAAGCCAAACGAACGUCAUUUUAUCAUCACACGGGGCGGCUUCGUCGGCAUUCAUCGCUAUGCUGGACUGUGGACAGGUGACAGCAGAUCAAGCUGGGAAUUCUUGCAAAUGAACAUUCCACUGAUCCUGGGUAUCGGAUUGUCCGCUCAGCCAGUUUCUGGAUGUGACAUUGGUGGCUUCUGCGUAGCACGGGAGGUAAGGUUUUGUAAAUAGCUUAGAGCUUCCUUUAAUUUACUCCUAGAUUCAACACUGUUACUUAUGGGAAGUACUCUCUGCGAUAUGUAGGACCCAAAUUAUGGGACAAACUGCCUAUGGCUGACAGACCAGCCAAGACACUGCAGGCUUUUACAAACUAUAUUCGCAAAAGGGAUAUAACUCGCUUAAUGGACACCGGCUGUAAGGGCUGCAUCUUAUGCUGCCCAUAAUGCCCUUCAAGUCAUUUAUUUUUUAUUGUAUUAAUAUUAGUAUUAGUAUAGCUUUUUAGCA